CUUAGUAGUCCGCCUUCUCGGUACCUUAGGAAGGACUACAAAUCCCAGCGAGCAGAGCGCAACGCGAGGACUCAAGAGGAGGAGCCCGGAACCAGGGCCCCAACGUAUAGUGGAUGUGGCCAUGGGGAAGCGGUACUUCUGUGACUACUGUGACCGCUCCUUCCAGGACAACCUCCACAACCGAAAGAAGCACCUGAAUGGACUGCAGCACCUCAAGGCCAAGAAGGUGUGGUACGACAUGUUCCGAGAUGCAGCUGCCAUCUUGCUGGAUGAACAGAACAAGCGACCCUGCAGGAAAUUCCUGCUGACAGGCCAGUGCGACUUUGGCUCCAACUGCAGGUUUUCCCACAUGUCAGAACAAGAUCUGCAGGAGCUGAGCGUCCAGGUGGAAGAGGAGAGGCGGGCCAGAGAAUGGCCACUGGAGACUGCCGAGCUUCCUGAGGGACACCUGGAGGACUGGCUGGAGAAGAGAGCUAAGAGGCUAAGCUCAGCCCCAAGUAGCAGGGCUGAACCCAUCAGAACCACGGUCUUCCAGUAUCCAGUGGGCUGGCCGCCAAUGCAGGAGCUGCCCCCCUCCCUGCGGGCGCCCCCACCUGGAGGGUGGUCCGUACUGCCCAGAGUGCAGUGGGGCUGAGCUCUUCCUCACCCCCCCUGCCUGGCUUCCCACUGUCUCAUCAGUCACAGUAAAGACAAUUGCCUAACCUAGGAAGCAGAGCUGCCUUCCCUCCGUUCUCCCUGGGGCCUAUGAGCCUGGCCGCCCAUCCGCCCACCAUCCCUCAGGGCGUUUCUUGAGAAGAUGGGUGAGAAACAUCCAAAUGUUUAUAUAAAAAAAAAGUCUGUCCUUGA